AUGCGGCCUCUCGUUGCCGGAAGGACGAGCUUUAUUUCGCCCCGGAUUCCGCGAGUAUCAACGAUCUCCUGCCAACGAUGGCAGAGUACAAAGUCCGGCAACACGCGACCCGAUGAAGACUCUCCCAACGAAGCCGCGGACCUAUCGCAUUUGAACCCCGAACCCGAAGAUUACUCGCGCUUCAUAUUCCAGGACAAAUGCCACGUCACUAUGUUUGCCGGCGCGGGCGGCAACGGGUGCGCUGCGUACCUGCGAGAGAAAUACAUCGAAGAAGGACCCCCGAAUGGCGGUGACGGCGGCAGCGGAGGAGGCCUUUACAUUCAAGCCGUUGAGGGCUUGACCAGUCUACACAAACUUGCGCGCAGAGGCGUCAUCAAAGCGAGUCGAGGAAAAAACGGGCAAGGAAAAAGCAAAGGAGGGAAACGCGGAGACGAUGUCCUCAUCCAGGUACCCGUGGGCACAGUGGUGCGCGAGGUGGAGCGCUACGAUCCCGUCGCGGAAGAGUUGGCUCGCAUGAAGAAGCGUCGGGAAAAACCUGUGGAUGAGGAGGGAGAAAUUGAUUUCACGCCGAUUCAGCAUGAUCGCUGGGUUCUUCACCCCGGUGCGAACCCGUCUGAUUUCUUGACCGUGCAAUUCCCUCGCCUCAAACCGCGGAGGCAGGCGAUCGCGGCAAUGGAACCACAGGCACCUAUUUAUCUUGACCUCUCGCAGCCGAUGGACAAGCCGAUGCUCUUGGCUGCGGGUGGUGCCGGCGGGCUAGGUAAUCCGCAUUUUGUGACCCGUUCGAUGGGACGACCAAAAUUCGCAUCUCGCGGCGAAGGAGGAAUGAAGCUAGAACUGGAUUUUGAACUCAAGUUGCUCGCGGACGUCGGUCUGGUCGGCAAGCCAAAUGCCGGGAAGAGCACACUCCUUCGUUCAUUGACCAACAGUCGCACGCGAAUCGGGAAUUGGGAGUUUACUACUCUGUCUCCUUCUAUCGGCACAGUGAUUGUCGAUGACAACAAGGGUCGUCCGCUCGUCGAGUCGAAGAGAAAGCGCACCCAUUUUACCAUUGCAGACAUUCCUGGUCUGGUGGAGGAUGCACAUCUCGAUCGAGGGCUCGGCCUUGGUUUCCUUCGGCACAUCGACCGAGCGGGUAUCUUGGCAUUUGUGCUCGAUCUCAGCAACGGGGACCCUGUACAGGAGCUGCAGAAGCUAUGGCAUGAACUUGGAGAGUAUGAGCGACUGCGCGACACUCAGCCUGAACCUACCUCUAAGGAGACCCGAGGCGUGAUUGACUGGGAUCCUUCGGAGCCAGAGCUCUCAGAGCUUGACCAUUCACGAAACAAAAAUACCGAGCUCUCGGAUGACGAGUCCAUGAACCGGCCACUCAACUAUAGAUCCACUGGGUCUCUGCCUCCUCUUACCAUGCCUCCUCUUCACACGAAGCCUUGGUUUGUCGUGGCUACCAAAGCUGAUCUGGAACACACCCGGGACCAGUAUCAAGCUCUACAGGAGUAUCUCUCUGCGGUGGAGAAGGGAUCCACUGAGCACCCUUCGGGUCAUCAAGAUGGAUGGAAAGAGAAAUUAACUGCAGUCCCAGUCAGUGCCAUUAAAGGCGAAGGGGUUUCUCGCAUUCCGAAACUGGUCAUGCAGUUCCUGGAAGGAAAAAGUGCGUAG